UGUGUCGUCGUCAUAAGCAAGUGAGUGAGUUGUCGUGUAGCCAUCAUCGGUACCUACCUAGGAUACUUGGAAAAGUGCGAGAAAUCAAAGAAGAAAAAGAGGAAGGAAAACAUCUACAAUCGGUGAUACGUGCAUUUGGGCCGCCCAAGUCAUCGAUUUCUUGGGACGAUCGUGUAGUACGUAUAGGGUCCUAUACGAACAGGUGUUGAGAAAAAAUUAAAAAAAAUUUGCGAGGAGGAAACAACGACUCGAGCCAAGAGAUAAGAAAGUGUUUGCACUCGAGAGCUGCUGCCGCGGGCCAUACGUCACUUUGGACUCUGGUACACAAAUAUAUGUACAUAUGACUCUCAUCUCCCACACUGUCGUCUAAAAGUCUCAAGCGGAGGACCAAAUUAAAGUGGCCAACCGCCAACGACGGCUCAAACGAAUAUAUAUUAUGUAUAUAAAUACAACCCACACUAGCGGCAUGUCUCCCACCAGUCGACUUUCCGCCGACGAGAGGCGCAGCGAAGGGGUUACACGGCGGCCGACAGCAUCACCGGCGUCAGCGAUCGGUGGCCGCGGUAGUGGCGCUAUCAACGCUCCUUCUGGCGCGGCGACGUAUAAAGAGUAUGCCUACAGCCCCGUGCCCACGAGUCCGAUCGCGUCGUCGGUGUACCAGCCGACCACCCAACCGAGCAGUGCCUCAGACGAGGAGGAGCAGCAGCUAGCGAGGAUCGCCCAAAGCAAGCCCAGGCCGUCAGGUAGAGCCGAACUUUUACUCGAGAUGGAGGAGUCCGGCUCGAAGGUCCUUCAGUACGUGGCUGCGGUUUCCGCUAAUCUGGUAAUCCUGGCCGGCGGUGCCAUGAUGGGCUGGACGAGUCCCGUGACCGCGAACCUCGAGAAGGAAAUAGUCCAGCCCGACAACCCCCUGGGGAUUCCAAUAACCAAGGACGAGAGUUCCUGGAUCGGUUCCAUAAUGGCCCUCGGAGCCGUGGCCGGCAGCUUGGUCGCCGGUUUCUUGGGCGAAAAGUUCGGGAGGAAAAAGUCGCUGCUGUUCAGCGUCGUGCCGUACCUGAUCGGUUGGGCGCUAGUCGCCACGGCCAGCAGCAUCGCCCAGCUCUACAUUGCUCGUUUUAUCUUUGGCAUCGCGCUCUCCAUCAGCUUUACCAUCGUGCCCAUGUACUGCGGCGAAAUCGCCGAGACCAGCAUCCGAGGUGUGCUGGGCUCGUUCCUGCAGUUGUUCGUUACAGUGGGCCUAUUGUACGCCUACGCGAUCGGCCCGUACGUGACCUACACGAUAUUCUGGAUCACGUGUGCUGUCCUGCCGGUCGUGUUUUUCGUCGUGUUCACGUUUAUGCCCGAGUCGCCCUACUACCUGCUGAGCGAGGGCAAAAAGUCCGAGGCUACGGACUCGCUCGCCAGACUGAGGGGCAAGAGCACCAGCGCCGUGCAAAAGGAGCUCGGGGACAUGCAGGUGGCAGUCGACCAAGCCUACAGCACGGAAGUCAAGCUGAGCGACCUGUUCACGGUCAAGGCGAACUUCAAGGCUUUGCUGUACACCUGCGCGGCGGUGAGUUUCCAGCAGCUCACCGGCAUAAACGUCGUGCUCUUCUACGCCCAGACUAUAUUCAAGGACACCGGCUCCUCCCUGCCCCCGGCCAUCUCGACCAUCAUCAUCGGUGUCGUCCAGGUCGGCGCCUCGGCGGUCACGCCCGUAGUUGUCGAUCGCAUGGGCCGCCGGACUCUGCUCUUGGCCUCCGGUGUUGGCACGGCCAUCGGCACCGCCGCGCUGGGCUUGUUCUUCUACAUAAAAGCCGAGGGCUCGGACGUGAGCAAUUUGGGCUGGCUGCCGGUGACCUCGCUCGUGGUCUUCAUGUGCCUCUACUGCAUAGGAUGGGGACCCUUGCCCUGGGCCAUCAUGGGUGAGAUGUUCUCCGCGGAGGUGAAGGCCAAGGCGUCGGGCAUCACCGUCCUGGUGUGCUGGGCACUGGCCUUCGUCAUAACAAAGUACUUCAGCGGCGUGGCCGAUGCCUGGGGCAUGCACGUCGCCUUUUGGAUCUUCACGGUGUGCUGCAUCGUCAGCGUGGCCUUUGUCAUUGUCCUGCUGCCCGAGACGAGGGGCAAGAGCCUCCGGCAGAUACAGGACGAGCUCGGUGGGCUGAGGAGCGCCGAGCGCCGCGACGGGGAUGCCACUGAUGCCCCCGGCAAGGAAUGAUGGCUCGCUUGGUGGGGCUGCUGCGAGAGCGCGCGAUGGUUCAUCAUUCCUCUGUUUUUUUUUCUAUUUUGCAUCAUGCUCAUCGUCAGUCUUUUGUCGUUUUGAUGGCGCGUGUCGCGUCGUUGUACGAUUUACGUUUGAAGAAAAAAAACAAAGAACAAUAAACAAUCUUUCCAGUAAAAUAAGUUACUCCUUCGUGGGACCAGUGCUGGAUUGGUUUGCGGGAUUUUUACGCAAGAUCAUUUAUCCGAUUUUCAGUUUCAGGUGGUAAAGAGUCUUUUAACCGGCCAACUAAUUAUAUACUUUCAUAAAAGAAUCGUUGUAAGCUGUAUGUUGACGAUCGUCGAUUUACUAAAG